UUACAUCAGGGGCCCCAUCAGAGUGCCCCCUUACAUCAGGUGUCCCCAACAGACUGCCCCCCUUACAUCAGGGUCCCCAUCAGAGUACCCCCUUACAUCAGGGUCCUCACCAGAGUGCCCCCUUACAUCAGGGUCCCCAUCAGAGUGCUCCUUACAUCAGGUGUCCCCAACAGAGUGCCCCCUUACAUCAGGGUCCCCAGAGUACCCCCUUACAUCAGUGCCCCAUUAGUGUGCCCCCUUACAUCAGAGUCCCUAUCAGAGUGCUCCCUUAUAUCAGGUGUCCCAUCAGAGUGCCCCCUUACAUCAAAGUCCCCAUCAGAGUGCCCCCUUACAUUAGAGUCCCUAUCAGAGUGCUCCCUUAUAUCAGGUGUCCCCAACAGAGUGCCCCCUUACAUCAGGUGUCCCCAUCAGAGUGCCCCCUUACAUCAGGUGUCCCCAACAGAGUGCCCCCUUAUAUCA